AUGGAGGUCCAACUACAAGACGCACAAUACAAGCUAGACGAGGCUAACCGUUCCAUGGGCGACUUCGAUGCUAACAAGAAGAAACUAAGUGCAGAAUGUGGUGAGCUCCAGAGACAACUAGAAGAGGCAGAAUCUCAAGUUAAUCAGCUCGGUAAGAUGAAGAUGUCUCUCCAGACCCAGUUAGAAGAAGCCAAGAGGACAGCGGAUGAGGAAAGCAGAGAACGCGCUGCAGCGUUUGGUAAAUGCAGGAACCUGGAACACGAAUUGGACGGUCUGAGGGAGCAGUUAGAGGAGGAACAGGAGGCCAAGAACGAUCUCCACAGGCAACUCAGCAAAGCUAACGCUGAAGUUCAACAAUGGAGGAACAAAUUCGAGAGUGAAGGUCUUGCUCGAGUGGAAGAACUGGAAGAUGCCAA